AUGGUGUCUGAAACAGGGACCUACUACAAAGAACUUUAUAGUUUGUUACACAACAGUAGCGAAGAUCUAAGAAUAAUUCUGAUGUCUGCAACACCGAUGUUUGACAAACCAGUUGAAAUCGCCCUAACAAUGAAUUUAUUACGACUACCGAAAUCAAUACCGACAGGACGAGAGUUUGAGCGCCUUUUUAUUAAAGAAAACCGAGUCAACAGCAAAACCCAUUACAAAGUUAAAAACAUGGAUUUGUUUAAAAAUAUGAUAAAAGGCUAUGUGUCGUACUAUAUGGGUGCACCUUCAUACACAUUUCCAACUAUGACAAUCAAAUAUGUCGAAUGUGAAAUGAGUGAUUUUCAAUACAGUAUUUACAAAAGGGUGUUAAAAAAAGAAGGUAUAGAACCUUUAUUAAGAGUCCCGUCAAAACAAGACAUUGUUUAUGCGGCCAAUCUUCCAAACAAUUUCUAUAUUGGUACAAGGUCUGUGUCUAAUAUCGUUUAUCCAAACAAAAAAGUCGGUGAUCAGGGAUUAGAAUCUUUUACCGUUGAGAGAAUACAAUCAAAACUAGCAAAAUACUCGUGUAAACUAGACAAAAUUAUUUCAAACAUACGUCGUUCAAAAGGCAAAGCGUUUUUAUAUUCCGGAUUCAAAGAGCAUGCUGGACUAAGAGCUGCUGUUCAAGUUCUUGAAGCUAAUGGUUACAAAAACUACAAAAAACACGGCCCCGGGGAAAAACGUUUUGCUGUUUGGUCAGGUGAUGAGUCGGUUCAAUUUAAAGACGAGAUUCGCGAAGUGUAUAACAGAACCGAUAAUAUCUACGGUAAUAAACUUAAAUUGAUUCUUGGAAGCCCGUCUAUUAAAGAAGGAGUUUCGUUUAAGGGUGUUAGAAGUGUGCAUGUUUUUGAACCAUAUUGGAACAAAUCAAGAUUAGAUCAGGUUGUCGGAAGAGCAAGUAGAUUUUGCUCUCAUAUUGAUUUACCUGAAAAUGAGCGUAACGUAAAAGUAUAUGUCUAUAUUGCGAUGCAUCGCAAUGAGAAAAUCACAGUCGACCAAUAUAUUAAAAAGUUGUCGGACACAAAGAACAAGAUUAUCAAGAAAUUUGAACAAGCUAUAAGGGAAUCUGCAGUCGACUGCCAUUUAAAUCUUUAUGCAAACAAAGAAAAUGAUGACGAUGAAAUUAAUUGUGUUGGAAUAAAACACGUAUAA